CACAACCAAAACAACAUGGCUUCGACCCAUAAUGCAGAACCCUUGGUCCAAGGCAAAGAAGAAGAAAAUUAUGUCUUGGCCAUGCAAUUGGCCAAUGCUUCUGUGUUUCCCAUGGUCUUGAGAGCAGCUGUAGAGCUUGGCGUGCUUGAGAUUAUAGCCUCAGCUGGUCCUGAUGCAUGUCUCUCGUCUUUGGAUAUCGCCUCAAACCUGCAAACUCAAAACCUGGAAGCACCAAUCAUGCUCGAACGUAUGCUUCGUCUCCUUGCCAGUUGUUCUAUUCUAACAUGCUCUCUCAUUAAACAAGACAAUGGUGAAGUAGAAAAGCAUUAUGGUUUAGCGCCCAUAGGCAAAUUAUUCACCAGGAACCAGGAUGGAGCCUCGGUGGCCUCUUUGCUUCUACUGAUUCAGGACAAGGUUUUCAUGGAUAGUUGGUAUCAUUUGAAGGAUGCUGUUCUUCAAGGUGGAAUUCCUUUUAAUAAAGCCCAUGGGAUGUCGGCAUUUGAAUACCCCGGGAUAGAUUCUCGAUUCAACAAAGUUUUUAAUAAGGCAAUGUCAGAUAUGACAGUCAUACUCAUGAAGAAGGUUCUUGAAACAUACAAGGGCUUUGAAGGUCUCAAAGAGGUGGUUGAUGUUGGAGGUGGGAUUGGAGUUACACUUAACAUGAUCACAUCUAAGUAUCCUCAAAUUAAGGGUAUUAAUUUCGAUUUGCCUCAUGUUAUAGCAAAUGCACCAUCAUAUCCUGGUGUGGAACAUGUUGGAGGAGAUAUGUUCGAAAAUGUCCCACAAGGAGAUGCCAUUUUUAUGAAGCUCAUACUUCAUGAUUGGAGUGAUGAACAUUGUUUAAAGCUAUUAAAGAACUGUUGGAAAGCUCUUCCAGAGUCUGGAAAGAUUAUCAUUGUGGAUUUGAUCCUUCCGGAGGCUCCUGGGAUUAGUAUGUUCUCUGAUGCUGUCUUCCUGGCAGAUUUAGUAAUGUUGGCUCAAAAUCCAGGUGGAAAAGAGAGGACAUUUAAAGAGUUUGAGGACCUGGCACUGCGCUCUGCAUUUUCUAGUUGUAAAAUGAUUUGUAGGGUUUAUAAUUAUUGUGUUAUGGAGUUCCACAAAUGAUAAAUAAGAUUGUUACUUCUUUUUUCUUA